CGCACACACGCACACACAGUUUAAACACACACACACAGUUUAAAAACACACACAUUCUCUCCCCCAGAUCCACUCUCUCUCAGACUGCUCACUGAGCUACAUCACGCGGAGAAAAGAACACACACGACUCUCAACCGCAAAAAUGCCACUGAAGAUAAGGAAGGUCAAGCUCCACAAGUGGAGGAACAACAAGGAGCACCAUACGCGUGACAUCAGUCUCAAACGUUUGCUGGUGCGUCGCGGCCAGAGCUUCCUGCUCACUAUCAAAACCCGGCAGCAGUUCCAACCGGACUCCGACAUCCUCCUGUUCACCGUGGAGACAGGACCCCAGGCAUCAGAGGCAAAGGGCACGCGCUGUGUGUUUGGCUACCCGAAGCUAACAGACGGAAAGUGGACAGCGCAGGUUCAGAAGAGCAACCGAAAAUCCACGACCUUCGCCAUAAGCAGUCCAGCCGAUGCCAGUGUGGGCUCCUACAACCUGUCUAUGAGGGUAGGGUCACAGGAUGCCCAGCCACGAAUCACCACCAGCCUGGUGCUCCUCUUCAACCCCUGGUGUGCAGAGGACUGGGUGCACCUCCCACAGGAAGCAGAGAGGCAGGAGUACGUGAUGAGUGAACAGGGCCUCAUCUACAGAGGAUCUGAUAGCUACAUCAGCCCCAUGGCCUGGGACUUUGGACAGUUUGAGGAGGAUAUGGUGGACAUCUGCCUAAAGCUGCUGGACAUGAACCCCAAGUGUCUGAAGGACGCUGUGGAGGACUUCUCUGCCCGCUGCAACGCCAUCUACGUAGGGAGGGUGGUCAGUGCUAUGAUCAAUGCUAAUGAUGACCGCGGCGUCCUGGCGGGUCGCUGGCAAACGCCGUACUCUGGCGGAGUGGCCCCCACCCACUGGAACGGCAGCGUGGACAUCCUGCGGCAGUGGUACAAGACCUCCUGCUCCCCCGUCAAGUACGGCCAGUGCUGGGUGUUUGCUGGGGUCAUGUGCACAGUUAUGAGGUGUUUGGGAAUCCCAUGCCGUGUGGUCAGCAACUUCCAGUCUGCGCACGACACCGAUAAAAACCUGAUUAUCGAUGAGUACUACUCCGAAGAUGGGGAGAGCCUAGCUAAGGAGAGCCACGACAGUGUGUGGAACUUCCACGUGUGGGUAGAGGGAUGGAUGAAGCGUCCAGAUCUCGCUGCAGGGUCUACAUAUGAUGGCUGGCAGGUGCUGGACCCCACCCCACAGGAGAAGAGUACAGGAGUGUACUGCUGCGGUCCAUCCUCUGUGAAGGCUGUUUUGGAGGGACACACUGACCUGAAGUACGACGUGCCGUUCGUCUUCGCUGAAGUCAACGCUGAUCAGGUCUACUGGAUGCUCAUGAAAGACGGCUCAAAGCGGAAGCUGCACACGGACACUUCACAGAUUGGCCGCAACAUCAGCACCAAAGCUGUGGGCGAAGACAAACGAGACGACAUCACAGUCAACUACAAAUACCCAGAGGGCUCUAAGAAGGAACGUCAGGUGUUUGAGGAAGCCGUGCGGAGAGGAAACAAGACCAAGCCCCGUCCAGAGAAGCCGGACAAGCCAGAGCCGGCCGCAAUGACGCUGAAGAUCACGGAGGAGAGCCAGGCGGUCAUGGGGCAGGACAUCGUGCUGUGUCUGGUCCUACGCAGCGAGCAGGCGACCUCGCGGAAGCUCAGCGUCCAGCUCAACGCCCAGGCCAUGAGGUACACAGGUGUGCCAGACAGCCAGGUGUGGCACGAGGAGAAGGACGUCGUGAUUCAGCCCAAAAAGGAUGUUAAGGUUUCUAUCCGGAUCCCGUUCUCUUCGUACGGGACCAAAAUGCUGGACAACAACAGUCUGAAGGUGUCUGCAGUGGUGCAGGACAAGCAACACCCAGGAGACGGCUACCUAGCUGAGAAGAACAUCGUGCUGAAGGAGCCCUCACUCACCAUCCAGGCCCCCAGCACGUGUGAGCAGUGGGUUAAAGGGACAGCGGAGAUCACCUUCCACAACCCAGUGCCCAGCACACUCAAAGACGGGGUCUUCACAAUAUCAGGCAGUGGGCUGUUACAUACUUCUGUGGUGCUCAGAGUUGCUGAGGUGGUGCAUGACCAACGCGUGCGUCUUCAGAUCCCUUUCGUGCCCUACCGAGCCGGCUCCAAGAAGCUGGUGGUCAAUUUUGACUGCUGUACCUUCAGGGACAUCAAGGCCAGCUGCAACGUGGAGGUCAACCCCACCCAGGAACCAGAUGAACCAUCAGAUAACGGUCUCGUCAACGACUUUGGUUUUUUUAAUGCUUCACACAACACACACAUGCACACGCACUUCGGCACACAUACAUACACACACUCAUCAUUCACAUACACUCACUCACACACUCGCAUCGUCCUCUAGUUGAUUCUUGAGAAAUUGGACAAAAUAUGUUGAGCAGUUGUGAAUUAGGUUACUGAAUUAGGUUAAACAACAUAUGUUAUAUAGUUAAAUAACAUAUUUUUAAUUGCAAAUGUUAUUAAGGAUUAACAAUUCCCUAUUACUAAAUGAGUGUGUCCAGAGAGGGGUUCAGUCAUUCCUAAUAAAAUGUGUUCAAAUGUUUUUACUAUUGAAAGCAUCAUGAGAAGGAACAUUACAAAUGUCUAAUAUGACCAAGACUGUUUCCAAAUGACGUGUUUUUAGAUGGUUUCACAGUUAUAUUUUUGUCAACUGCAUCAGACAUUUCAUUAAAAUGAAAUAAAGGUUGGCCAGCUGUCACACAGAUUUCACCUCAGCAGAAUACAUCAAUUUGAUUUCGUAGGAAAUUAUUUAGAUUUUUAAGGCAUAUUUUUCUUGUUAAAGGAGAAUUAAAAAAAUACAGAAAAUAAAUUCAAACAAUUGGUUCUACCUAGUUCGAGUUGCUGCAGCCAACAGCUAGAGCUACCAGGCAGCUACAGUGCUACACUCCAGGGGCAUGUUCAUGAGCCCCCAUGUUCAUGCCCCAGAAUGUACUGUAGCACUAUAGCAGCUAGCAUAAAGGUAAAAAUCUGGUAAAUCUGAUAAAUAUUUAAUUUGACAUGGCAUUAAGUAUACUUUUUUAAAAUUUAGCAUUUUGUUUGUCCUGUUUCUGAAGAAACAAUGGUUAAGCAAUGCCGAUAGCUGAUAAGUGUUUAAAGGCACUAUGAGGAAUUCUCUUUGAGGAAUAGGCUUUGAAUUGUCACUUGGUUUGACGCAUAUUUGCUUUGAUUUCAAAUCCAGGCCCUAAGAUGAAACACGUCUGUGCAAUAAACACGUUUGUAUGCAAAGUGCGGCCUUUUUCUUCUUUGAUGUUUCAAAUCAUUGUGUGCCAUGCGGUUAUGUUCUAAUAAACAAACUCCGACAGACACGA